AUGGUCUGGCCCGGCCCGUUUGUCGAGAAGGGGUUAUCUGGGCUCCAGUCCGCCCCUGUUCAGUCUCGGUGCUGGCGCUCUCACGGUCUGAGCUGCUCCUGGAUCUCUGGUUCUGGUCUACCUGUCCGUCCAACCACCGUUCCUCCCCCCGAACCUCCCCCCCUCUCGGUGCGGACAUGCUCCCGGGGUUCCGGACAUGAGGUUCCGAAAUGUCUCCUUCCUGACGGUCUUGUUGUUCGGGCUGAGCGGGCUGGUCUCCCUGUCCUGGUACACCGCCUUCAGCAGCUCCAGAGGAGAUGUGGUCGACAUCUACCAGAGGGAGUUCCUGGCACUGAGGGAGCGCCUCCACUCGGCCGAGCAGGAGAACCUGAGGCGCUCCAAAGAGCUGAACUUGGUUCUGGAGGAGAUAAAGAGGGCCAUCGCUGAGAAGCAGGCGCUCAGAGACAUCAACCGGACCUGGAGCAGCCUCUCUGAGGAGACCAGGCUGAAGCUGUGGAACGUCAGCAGCAGUAAGAACGUCCUGCAGCUUCCCUCCAUCUUCCAUCAUCUUCCUCACCUGCUCAACAGAGAGGACAGCCUGCAGCCCGCCGUGCACCUGGGUCAGGGCAGGACCGGAGUGUCGAUCGUGAUGGGAGUUCCUAGUGUGAAGAGGGAGGUCCACUCCUACCUGACGGACACGCUCAGCUCUCUGAUGUCAGAGCUCAGUCCUGCUGAGAAAGAUGAUUGUGUCAUUGUUGUCCUGAUUGCAGAGAUGUUUAAGUCUUUGGACCUGUCUCUCAUCGUGGAGUUCAUGCUGAUGUUCUACAAAGACAAACCCAUCGACUGGCUGCUGGACCACAUCAUGUGGGUCAAAGUCUGCAACCCGGAGAAGGACGCAAAACACUGCGACCGACAGAAGGCAAAUCUGAGGAUCCGCUUCAAGCCGUCGCUCUUCCAGCACGUGGGAACGCACUCGUCUUUAGCCGGAAAGAUCCAGAAACUCAAGGAUAAGGACUUUGGGAAGCAGACCCUACAUAAAGGUCACGCCAACCCGCUGGCAGAGGUGACCACCAGCCUGAAGACCUACCAGCACUUCACCCUGGAGAAGGCCUAUGCAGGGGAGGACUUCUUCUGGGCCUUCACCCCGGUGGCCGGGGACUUCAUCAGGAUACGGUUCUUCACGCCGGUCCGCAUCGAGAGGUUUUUCUUCAGGAGCGGAAACAUCGAACAUCCAGGAGACAAACUCUUCAACACGUCUGUGGAGGUUCUGCCGUUUGACAACAUCCAGGCAGAAAAGGAGGCUCUGACUGAAGGAAGAGACAAAACACCAAAGUACCAUCGGACCGACGAUGGCUUCAUCAGAAUAGGAAAGUUCCAGAACGGGAUCGCAGAAGGCGAGGUGGACCCGUCCUUCGGACCCCUGGAGGCCAUGCGUCUGUCGGUGAUCACGGACUCUCCGGUCUGGGUGAUCCUCAGCGAG